GCUCUGAGCUUCACAUAGCUCGGACCUUCCAUUGACGAUUGAACUUCAAGAAGCGCAAUCAUCAUACUUACAGUGAAAAACCAAUUCGGAAAUCGGUCGAAAAAAUUCUACAACUUCGACUUCCACUGUGUUUCGCGGCACGUCCUUGAACGUUGUGAUUUGUGCUCGUUAAAUCCGCAGUUUUCGGGAACCGAUCUGCAGUUACACUCAACAACUCAAAAUAAGCAGCAUCCGAAUGAAGACCUCUCUCGGAAAAUCACCACUUUGCUUAAUAAAGUAUUAAAUAUAUUCUCCGCGACGUAUUCCGUCUCCUUCCUAGUCCUAAACUUAGCAAUAAUCUUAACCACAUCAAACAAACAAAGGUGUGUGAUUAUGUAUAGACAUUUCGGAUUCGAAGAAACGCAGCCUCCAUCAUACGUCUGUGAGAAAACCAACCAAAUGUGAGAAAAGAAGUGACUCCAGUGUCAUUAUGUCACCAUGUUCAACGGGAUUUCGGAAAAUUUGAUGAGUUCGAAACUUUCAAAACCUCCGAUCCAUUUCCUUUUUGGCGUUACAAUUCUCAACGGCUUUUCAGUACAUUACUGCAUAGAUAGAUGUCGCUGACAGUUCGAAGUGCAUCACGAUUCUCUACAGUCUACACCGUAUACAGCAUUGACUCACCGCGGAUUUCAUCUGAUCUUGAGAUUCUCUUGUACCGUAAUUCACUUCAUUGCGUAAGCAGUGACAUAAAAGGGUUGAAUCCAUGGGGUUUCACUUGGUAUUUCGAAGAUAUUUCCGGGGCCGAUUUUCGAAAAAUCUUCCAAGAAGUUCAUUCGGAUUUAUACGCGAUUCUGCGCGCUUUGGAUUCCAGAUUCGAACCACUGUACUAUACUGUAUAUACGAACUUUUCCGUCGCAUAAUAGAUUUUUAGACACAACAGUACAUAUUUCCAGAAUUCCUCAACACAGAGCUGCUCGUAUUGGGAAGUGCAAUAAUACUCAACAAACUCGCAAUGUUACCAGUGGCGUCGUUGAGCAUCUUCGCAAUCAUGGCGAUUCCCAUCUUGGGCCAAGAUGCAGAGAUUUUGCGAGUGCUGGACGCAGUUCCCGAAACAUCAUUCACAUGCGAUGACAAGACCUUCGGAUUCUACGCCGAUGUUGAGGCUGAUUGUCAACAAUACCUGGUGUGCGAUUACCCCGUAAAUGUCGUGUGUGCUGACGCUCCACAAGCAUACAUCAUAAAUGCACGCAUCGGAGAUCCAAAUGCGAAACUGAUCGAUUGAUCGCUUGACAUCUACCGCGCAAUUUUGUAAAAAAAAAAAAGAGAGAUAACCUUUUGUACGGUGGCAACAAAUAUAGCUCAAAUUCUAUGUCAAAAUAA